AUGGCCGUUUUAAACUCUAAAGUAUUAUGUAAAUUAUUGAUUUUUUGUGUAACGAUUAUUGCUUUGAGUCAGUCGACCAGGCUGAAUGUUCCCAAGUUACUUUUGCCCAGAUCUAAUCACAAUCAUGUCAACUUCACGUUGGCAGCAGAGAAGGGAUGCUAUAAAUGGUGAGUGGCAGUGAAUGAUAACAUGAAUGUUUCGAUUCAGAUUGCCAAGUUGAUGUCGUAGUGCUAAAAAAGCAGCAGAUGUAUCAACUUAAAUAUUAGACAUAAUGCCAAGUGGGUGUAGGCAGAGCGCCACUUAGUUAUCUGUGUGUGAUAUUUUCAGGGUGUCCUCCCGACCCCAGGCAGUCGGUGUUUGGCCCCUUUCACCCUCCAUCCCUCCCUCCAUCCUCCCUCCAUCCGCCUGUAGCCAGCAGGCCCUAGUGUCCGCCCUGCCUCUGUCUGCUCCACUGGACACUAACCGAGGGGCCAGCAUCAUACGGGGACAGGACUCUGGUGAGGGGAGUUUGUGUGUAGCAGAACGGAGAGAGGGAGGGGUGUGGAUGGAGUAACUAAACAGCCUUCAUCAUCUUUCAGUGACUGGCCAUACCCUGCGCUGCGAUGUCAUUGUUGACCAGAUCAAGCAGAUUCAGGUUGUCACGACCACACGUCAACUGUUCACGGAGGACCCACCCCUCGUGCUGUCAGUCAUGGCACUGGACUCAGGAGGUACCCGCCUUCUCAUUGACAUAUCACCCACCCCACACCUUUAGCUCUGAGGGCAGUCAAUAUGUAGAGUGAGCGUUGAGCAUGGGCUCACUUAUGUCCCUUCCAGAGCUGAUCUUAAAAGUCCCACACAUCCAAAUGUACCACGGGUUCACAGAGGAAAAAACGAAAAUCCAAAGGGUUGAAAGGAAACUUUGUUUUAUUGUGGACAGUUUUUGGCUGCCAGGCCCAGAACCUGUGUAUCACCUUUAGUCUAUUAUCCACAUCCAGCCCCAGAACCUGUGUAUCACCUUUAGUCUAUUAUCCACUCCAGGCCCAGAACCUGUGUAUCACCUUUAGUCUAUUAUCCACAUCCAGCCCCAGAACCUGUGUAUCACCUUUAGUCUAUUAUCCACUCCAGCCCCAGAACCUGUGUAUCACCUUUAGUCUAUUAUCCACUCCGGCCCCAGAACCUGUGUAUCACCUUUAGUCUAUUAUCCACAUCCAGCCCCAGAACCUGUGUAUCACCUUUAGUCUAUUAUCCACUCCAGCCCCAGAACCUGUGUAUCACCUUUAGUCUAUUAUCCACAUCCAGCCCUAGAACCUGUGUAUCACCUUUAGUCUAUUAUCCACUCCAGCCCCAGAACCUGUCUAUCACCUUUAGUCUAUUAUCCACAUCCAGCCCUAGAACCUGUGUAUCACCUUUAGUCUAUUAUCCACAUCCAGCCCUAGAACCUGUGUAUCACCUUUAGUCUAUUAUCCACAUCCAGCCCUAGAACCUGUGUAUCACCUUUAGUCUAUUAUCCACAUCCAGCCCUAGAACCUGUGUAUCACCUUUAGUCUAUUAUCCACAUCCAGCCCCAGAACCUGUCUAUCACCUUUAGUCUAUUAUCCACAUCCAGCCCUAGAACCUGUGUAUCACCUUUAGUCUAUUAUCCACAUCCAGCCCUAGAACCUGUGUAUCACCUUUAGUCUAUUAUCCACUCCAGCCCCAGAACCUGUCUAUCACCUUUAGUCUAUUAUCCACUCCAGCCCCAGAACCUGUGUAUCACCUUUAGUCUAUUAUCCACAUCCAGCCCUAGAACCUGUGUAUCACCUUUAGUCUAUUAUCCACUCCAGCCCCAGAACCUGUCUAUCACCUUUAGUCUAUUAUCCACAUCCAGCCCUAGAACCUGUGUAUCACCUUUAGUCUAUUAUCCACAUCCAGCCCUAGAACCUGUGUAUCACCUUUAGUCUAUUAUCCACAUCCAGCCCUAGAACCUGUGUAUCACCUUUAGUCUAUUAUCCACAUCCAGCCCUAGAACCUGUGUAUCACCUUUAGUCUAUUAUCCACAUCCAGCCCCAGAACCUGUCUAUCACCUUUAGUCUAUUAUCCACAUCCAGCCCUAGAACCUGUGUAUCACCUUUAGUCUAUUAUCCACAUCCAGCCCUGGAGGUUCCCUUUUCCUCUUUAUUCUCCUGGCUUAGAAACCCAUCCAGGUCACAGUGUUCAGGUUGUAUAGCCAUCCAAUAGCCCAGGGUAGACUGGAGGGAAAAGACUUGAGGCUAACUAACCUGAGGCUAGUUCCUGCAGACAGACAGACUGACAGUUGUGCUAAAGAACCUGGAUCCUGGAUCUGUGUGUUUACUGCUACCUUCCGGCACCUGGAGUCUCUCUGCCUGAGGAUGUAAUUAACACCUCUCUCUGCCUGAGGAUGUAAUUAUCACCUCUCUCUCUCUCUCUCUCUCUCUCUCUCUCUCUCUCUCUCUCUCACACACUCUCAGGCAACACAUUCAGUAGUCUGGCAGGUCUACAGUUUGAGUGGAGGCUAGUAAAGGACUCAGAGACAGCAGAUAGUGUUAGGUGAGAGAGGGAUGGAGGAAGCGGGAAAUAAUGACAAAGGAAGGUGAAAGAUGAAAGUAGCAUACAGUCAACAGAAAACCUAAUGGUAUAUACUGGGUAUUUGUUGUGUAGGUUUGUGCGUUUCUCAGAGGCGGGCUACUCCCCGCUGCAUCACAUCCUGUCCCUGGAGGAAGCAGGUCAGAGGGGGGACAGGGUGUUGCUGGAGGGUGUCCGUAGCGGGGUGGCAAAGGUCAGGGUCUCCCUCUCGCACCCAGACUACAAGGUAAGAAGGAUGAAGGGAUUGAUGGAUUGGCUUCAGAAAGAUAAAGACAUCCACCUGGAAUGAUGGAUGAGUGGAUGGGGCAAUAGAGUAUGGAUGAAGAGCGAUGGAUUAGUUUAUGUGAAAGAAUAGUUUGUGCUGGUUUUAACCUGUCCCCUGUGUGUUACCUAGUGGGUGGAGCCAGCCUCUGUGAUCCUGACAGUGACGGACAGACUCUACCUUAGCCCCUCCCAUGACACCUACCUGCUGCUAGGCUCCACCCUCUCCUACAGAAUCUGGAAAAGCGUGCAUGACACAGAAACGGGUGAGUCCCUAAUGUAGACAGUAGUGUAGUCUGUCUGACCUUUACAGAGCCUUUAGGUGAGUCCCUAAUGUAGACAGUAGUGUAGUCUGUCUGACCUUUACAGAGCCUUUAGGUGAGUCCCUAAUGUAGACAGUAGUGUAGUCUGUCAGAGCUUUAAAGAGCCUUUAGGUGAGUCCCUAAUGUAGACAGUAGUGUAGUCUGUCUGACCUUUACAGAGCCUUUAGGUGAGUCCCUAAUGUACAGCCAUGGUCAAAAGUUUUGAAAAUGACACAAGUAUUGGUCUUCACAAAGUUCGCUGCUUCAGUGUUAUGAUAUAUUUUUGUUAGAUGUUACUAUGGUAUACUGAAGUAUAAUUACAAUCAUUCCAUAAGUGUCAAAGGCUUUUAUUGACAAUUACAUUAAGUUUAUGCAAAGAGUCAAUAUUUGCAGUGUUGACCCUUCUUUUUCAAGACCUCUGCAAUCCGCCCUGGCAUGCUGUCAAUUAACUUCUGGGCCACAUCCUGACUGAUGGCAGCCCAUUCCUGCAUAAUCAAUGCUUGGAGUUUGUCAGAAUUUGUGGGUUUUUGUUUGUCCACCCGCCCCUUGAGGAUCGACCACAAGUUCUCAAUGGGAUUAAAGUCUGGGGAGUUUCCUGGCCAUGGACCCAAAAUGUCAAUGUCUUGCUCCCCAAGCCACUUAGUUAUCACUUUUGCCUUAUGGCAAGGUGCUCCAUCAUGCUGGAAAAGACAUUGGUCUUCACCAAACUGUUCUUGGAUGGUUGGGAGAAGUUGCUCUCAGAGGAUGUGUUGGUACCAUUCUCUGUGUUCUUAGGCAAAAUUGUGAGUGAGCCCACUCCCUUGGCUGAGAAGCAACCCCACACAUGAAUGGUCUCAGGAUGCUUUACUGUUGGCAUGACACAGGACUGAUGGUAGCGCUCACCUUGUCUUCUCCGGACAAGGUGUUUUCCGGAUGCCCCAAACAAUCGGAAAGGGGAUUCAUCAGAGAAAAUGACUUUACCCCAGUCCUCAGCAGUCCAAUACCUGUACCUUUUGCAGAAUAUCAGUCUGUCCCUGAUGUUUUUCCUGGAGAGAAGUGGCUUCUUUGCUGCCCUUCUUGACACCAGGCCAUCCUCAAAUUCUUCGCAUCACUGUGCGUGCAGAUGCAUUCACACCUGCCUGCUGCCAUUCCUGAGCAAGCUCUGCACUGGUGGUGCCCCGAUCCCGCAGCUGAAUCAACUUUAGGAGACGGUCCUGGCGCUUGCUGGACAUUCUUGGGCGCCCUGACGCCUUCUUCACAACAAUUGAACCUCUCCCCUUGAAGUUCUUGAUGAUCCGAUAAAUGGUUGAUUUAGGUGCAAUCUUACUAGCAGCAUUAUCCUUGCCUGUGAAGCCCUUUUUGUGCAAAGCAAUGAUGACGGCAUGUGUUUCCAUGCAGAUAACCAUGGUUAACAGAGGAAGAACAAUGAUUUCAAGCACCACCCUCCUUUUAAAGCUUCCAGUCUGUUAUUCUAACUCAAUCAGCAUGACAGUGUGAUCGCCAGCCUUGUCCUCGUCAAUGAGAGAAUCACUGACAUGAUGGCAGCUGGUCCUUUUGUGGCAGGGCUGAAAUGCAGUGGAAAUGUUUUUUUUGGGAUUAAGUUCAUUUUCAUGGCAAAGAGGGACUUUGCAAUUAAUUGCAAUUCAUCUGAUCACUCUUCAUGACAUUCUGAAGUAUAUGCAAAUUGCCAUCAUCAAAACUGAGGCAGCAGACUUUGUGAAAAUUAGUAUUUGUGUCAUUUUCAAAGCUUUUGACCACGACUGUAGUCUGUCUGACCUUUACAGAGCCUUUAGGUGAGUCCCUAAUGUAGACAGUAGUGUAGUCUGUCUGACCUUUACAGAGCCUUUAGGUGAGUCCCUCAUGUAGACAGUAGUGUAGUCUGUCUGACCUUUACAGAGCCUUUAGGUGAGUCCCUAAUGUAGACAGUAGUGUAGUCUGUCAGAGCUUUAAAGAGCCUUUAGGGAGCUUUAUGGGUCUUCUAGUUAGGGUCCCUUUGUGUUUUUCUAAGAUCCAGAGGAAGAAGACUAAAGGAACAUCAAAGCUCAGACAAAUGUCUUGGAGACAGAACAUAUCAAGUGAUCAGUCCUCCUUGUACUUAUUGUUGGUUCAACUGUAGAGCACCCGCUGAUGCACGAGCAAUGUUCUCUUCUCUGACUCUCUGUAGAGGUGGUGCUGGGUGAGGGAGAGUAUGAGUUGUCUGUAGAGAGAGACCCAGAUGACGAAAAUUAUGUCAUCACUGUGGACCAGGACACAGGGACCGUCACCGCCCGAGGGCUAGGCCACACCACGCUGUCCGUCACACACCCCAGUAUCUUUCCACCAUGGAACUACCUUACCUGACCACUUUAAAGUUAUUCAUGUAGUCCUGGAAGGUGUGGUUUUUGGGGUUAUGGGUAGUGUAGUCCUACAGGUGUGGUUUUCCUCAGCCUUCCCUGUACCCAGGCCUACCAGAAGACUCUGCAUCCCACCUGCCUCGCUGUCCAGUUACCUGAGUGAGUGAGUGAGUGAGUGUGUGUGUGUGUGUGUGUGUGUGUAUGUGUGUGUGUGUGUGUGUGUGUGUGUGUGUGUGUGUGUUUGUGUGUGUGUGUGUGUGUGUGUGUGUGAGAGCCCAGCUAUCAUCAUGUCUAUUAUUGUACUGUGGCAAGCCAUGACUUUGUGUGUGAGUGUGUAGCGCUAGGUGUGGAGGAGGAGGACAGGUGGGUGUUGGAGAGUGGUCGUCAGUACCAGGUGACCGUACGAGUUCACGACCAGGAGGGUCACACAGCACACCUGGCACAG